GAAAAGAAAAAAAUUUAAAAGCUUUCGUUCAUUCACUGUACUAUUAUACGCCAUUUCCGAAAUUACCAAUUGCCCUGAAAUGGCCUUCCGAUUCGCAACCCGCCUCGCCUCUACUGUUGCCCGCUCCGCCACGGCCGUCCCCGCUACCAUCUUCCACUUCAGCGCCACCUCUGCCGUCUCCAAUCUUCCCAAACCCUAUCAAUUACUCUCCACACUCAAAUCUCGAUCCCAUUCAUUACAUGCUCUCCCACAUGGCACCCUAUCUCUCCGAUCCUUCUCCACAGUCAGUCGCCCGAGCCGUCCCCAUCGAUCAGCCAAGCCAGAUAUUGGCGCCCGAGCCAGGCAGAUGCAGACGCGGCGUCUCUGGACCUACGCUCUAACCUUCAGCUGCGUUGCGGGAUUCAUCAUCAUCGUGCUCAACCAGUUCCAAGACCAGCUCGUUUUCUACGUGACCCCAACGGAUGCGGUUGCGAAGUACAAAGCAAACCCUACCAAGGCAAAGUUCAGGCUCGGAGGGCUGGUAUUGGAGGGGAGUGUGGGGCAGGUACCUUCCUCUCCAGAGAUGGAGUUCGUUGUCACCGACUUAUUGACUGACAUUUUGGUCAAAUACGAGGGUUCCUUGCCGGAUCUUUUCCGGGAAGGUCAUUCUGUGGUGGUUGAGGGGUUUAUAAAGCCGUUCAGUGAGGAGAUGAGGAAGAAGGAUGAAGGGGUGGUGAGAGAGAACAGGUUGAAGGUCACAGAGAAGGCCAGAAGUGGAGAUUUCUUUUUUGAGGCCUCAGAAGUGUUGGCUAAACAUGACGAGAAGUAUAUGCCACAAGAAGUCGCUGCUGCCCUGGAGAAGAAUAAGAAGUUGCUGGAACAACAACAGAAUGAGCAAAGCAGCAGCGAAGCUAUACCCACAGCAUAAGGAGAUUUUGAUCAUUGCAUUGUCACAGGUCUGAUAUUAUUUUUUGCUUGACAUAUGAACUCUUUUAGAACUUCCUUGGACAUGUAUGUUUAUGGUUAAUAUACGCAUAACAGAUUAGAUUGAGGGAAAUCAGAGAGGAGAUAUAGGAUUAUUUGAGUUGAUAAACCAUCUGAUACACGGGAUUAUUUAGUUCCUAUUGUUGGGUUGAUCCAUUUUUUGUGUUCAUUCUAUAGAUUGUAUUGUCUACCCACAAUAAUUGGGGGCUACAAACUGAGAUUGGCAUGGUGGUGAAUAAAUGUUGGAUUUUUUCAUUUAAUAGAGAUUCUUGGGAAUGGCUGUUUUUAUUCAAAGAAAUGCAUUCAGGGAUGGUGCCGAGGUUUUCAUUGUGGGGUGAGUUAAUCUUUAAACAAUUAUAAGUACCGGGUAUAUUAAUGAAUUGCAGCUCAUGGUUAAAAAUGUGAGCUCCUCCUUAAUUGAUAUUGAGCAUAUUUGAUGGGUAUGAUGGCACUAUGGCAAGGUGGACGGUGACUAGAAUAAAUCUUCUUGUCUUUGUUCUUACGAAAGAAAAGAGAUGUUCUAUUCUGAAAAAAUGCGUUCCGAAAGAGAAAUGCCCUAGGAUGAGUAAUAGCCUUGUAUUUUUCUGUUUUUCCAAUGCAAGGUUGAGUAUGGAAGGUUGACACUUACUAUGUAGACAUGUAGUUAUAUUUUGUUUUUAAGUU